AUGCGUAGUAAGCAACAAACAUUGGUACAUCCCGAAGAAGAUCCGCGCCAAUCGCAUUUGUCCAGCUCUCGCAAUCUGCAGCUCAACAAUCAUCUUCAGAAUUUGGUCCACGCGAGUAAAGAGCUAUCGACCGUGAAGACGAGGCCGACGACACCCGUCCUGGCGAACGACGGAGGGGGCGGCUUCUGGCUGGCCACGGUGGCCGCGGGGGCAAGUACCCCAGCCGGGCUGCCCCCGCACGGAACUCAUCAUCCAGCCAUGGAUCCAACAUGCGGAUCCGCCGAAACCGGCUUCAUCAACAGUCAGCCUUCCAUGGCCGAAUUCAUGACGGCAUUGCCGCAAUUAGCUGGGGAUAGUAGCCUGCAACACUCGCCGGGGACCGGCGGUUCCAUCAGUCCUGGUGCUCAUCAUCCCGCGUAUCAUACUAUGAUGGAUCCUCAUGGUGUCGCUGACCCCUCGGGUGUCAACGUUCCUGAAUAUCCUUGGAUGAAAGAAAAGAAAACUACUAGAAAAAGUAAUCAGCAAGAGAACGGUCUACCAAGAAGAUUACGAACAGCUUACACAAAUACGCAACUUCUCGAGCUAGAAAAAGAAUUUCAUUUUAACAAAUAUCUUUGUCGACCGCGAAGGAUAGAGAUCGCAGCUUCAUUGGAUCUCACGGAAAGACAGGUAAAAGUUUGGUUUCAAAAUCGACGAAUGAAACACAAGCGGCAAACGCUUAGCAAAGAAGACGGAGACGAGAAAGAUGGUUCCACUUCGGACGGCAUGGAAAAGCCUAAGAGUGACAAAAUGUUAUCAGUUGAUAACGAUGAGAAGAAAAGUUGUCAUAACUGUGAUAUUUCGGGCGUGGGCGAUGUCGGAAGCACCCUUACUGGCGACGUUACCGAUUUAGGUUCUUCCGGUCGAAGGAACAGUAACAACAAUAACACACCUGGCGCGACUAAUAAUAACAAUAACAACAACAACAGUAACCCAGGCUUUAACACAAAUAGCAAUGGUGCCAGCAGCGUUGGCAGUACCAACAGUGUAUCCAGUUCGUUCGAGAAGAUGAUAGUGGACGAUGAUUCGAGGUCGCAAGAUGGAAGUGAAGUGACGUCGCCGAGCGUGACGAAAAAAUUGUCGGGCGAAGUGAGAGUGAAGGUUGAGAGCGGCCACAAAAGUCCGAAUACAGCGAAGCAACAACAGAUUUCAGUGAGCAAGAAAUCGCCAUCGACCAGCACGAAGGACAUGUGUUCGGUGAACAGCAACGGUGUGCUAUUAGCCAUGCCGGACUCGACGGUCAGCACGCCGGUUCUACCGGGCCAGAAUUCUACGAGGAGUCUAACGCCAUCCUCGACACCCGGUACUCCCGUUUCCGUCCAGCUUCAGCAGGGCAGCCCUCUCGGUAUCCAGCAAGCGACUCACACAGCCUACAUGCAGAGACCGCGAAGCUCACCGUCCUCCACGACCUCCUUACCAGGCCCGAUGUUGCAUGCUUCUACAAAUCCGGGAACAAUGUCGCCUCACGGUAGCCGAAACAUCUCGAACAGUCAGCAAGCACACUUCCAACAGCAGAGCGUGUAUCAGCCCACGCCGACCAUUGAUUAUCGAAACGGCGUACCCGCUAACAGGCAGAGUAUACCUACGGCAUCGCAACAGACCCAGUCGCAGAACAGCUACUGUAGAGACUCGUAUCAACAACCAAGAAGCAUCUCUUAUCCAAAUGAGAUGAAUCCUCUGUACGUUAGACAGAAUCAGACGGUGGGCUCGAGAGUGGCACAUCACGUGAGAGCAACGGGCACGACAUCGAGAUCGAUGUACGGUGCCAAUAUGCAGUUCCAUCAGCAACAGUUGCAAUACGGUAGCACUGGAGAGUAUAACGGAUAUCCUCAAGUCGGACCACCUUAUCACGCUUAUCACAGAGGUAUGCAAGGCACCAACGCGUACAAUUCCGGCCAGGGAUACUCAGCGACGCAGAACGAGCAGAGCACCGAUGGCUACAUGACGUCUGGAAAUUAUGGCUACUCGACCGGCGGCAAUUAUCAUGGGACUGGCGAGAAUCUGGCGACACACGGGCACGCCGCUGUAUCCGCGCAAACCGGGCAGCAUUAUUUCAACGACAUCCAGCAGCAGCAGCAACACCCGCAACAACAUACCGCCGAGGGCUAUGUCACUCAUCAGCCGCCAAUGCAUCCAAGUUCCGGCGACUACCGGCCAGGGAACAAGUGUCACCCGAGUGCGUAUUACGAGCAGACCGCCAGUCAGCUGCACGUUCAUCAGGGCGGCGAGGCCUCCAGCAUCCCAAACAGUUACGUAUCGUCGCCCGAUCCGUUUCCGGCGCCUGGCAUGACGACAACCGCGACGGCGAUCGCAGCUGCCACCGCGGCGGUUAUUACGCCACCCGGAAGCGCCGGCCAGGCUGACGGUAACAGCGAGUCCUAUGGCAAUUAUGGGAAUUUCUACGGUGAGCCGGUGCACACCGCCGCGGCGCCGCCGCCAUCCGCCGACAACAGCAACAGCUCGUCCGAUUUCAACUUCCUCAGCAACCUGGCGAACGACUUCGCGCCCGAAUAUUACCAGCUCAGCUGAGUCCACGAGACCGAGAAUCCUUGCCAGCUGGACUGGGGUGAUGAGCAAUGCCUACUCAACGCUUUAUAUUGAAGUUAACGUUGUGCUCACCGCGUAAGAAUCUAUACGUGAUUUGUAUAUAAUUUCAAUAUUCGUGAUUUAACUUUGCGUGUAAAUGGAAAUCGUGUAAAGACAAAAUGGACUCGGAUUUAAAAAAAAUACGGUGCGUGUGUCUAUAUAAAUCUACGCCAUUUCGACCUAAGUAGUCGAAUAUCCUCUAGUUUGAAGUGACUCCUUCCGCGAGUUGUGUCGAAAUUAUUUUCAAGACUGGCUACAUUAAUCAAGGACGAGGACUGAUUUAUAGAACGGUUGUACAUAAUAAAAUCUGAAAUGUUUAAAUUGACUGCAACAACUGCAAGAAUAUCUGAAGUAAUCCGGAUCACCAGAGAAAUUGUCGACUGUUCUAGAAUGCAACUAUAGCCGAUCAAUCGAUAUUGUUACGCGUCCGAGUAAUAUCAAUUUUAAUAUUUCCUUGCCACGGAUGUAAUUCUAUCAAUUUACAUUCCAAACAUUGAAGGAUGUUUCGGAGAUAUAUAACAGUGACAACGAGUGCAAUGGUUGUGUUAAUUUUAAAUUGGGACGAUAUUAACAAAGAGUUCUAUUCACAGAAUUUUUUUGUAAAUUGUACUGCAAAGUGACAUUUAUACCGCUACUCUUUGCGAAACGCGCUUAAUUGCAGAAGAUGAAAAGUGAUCUGUAAGUAAUAUUAGACUGAUAAACACGAGCUGUGGUUUACAAAUGUGCAUGAAGAACAUUGUAAAUAUGUCAGAGAUUUACGAAAAUUCGAUGGAUUUUCAAUUCGACGCGACGGUUCGAUUCUCGUGAAGGGAGAAACACGAGGUGUAAGUGCAAUCUUCUUGGCGCAAACGGUCUCUAUGUUAGUGCAUCGUUAAGGUGUUUGACAACUAGAUUGUAUAUAUUUACCGAAACCAUGUUCCUUUCGUUUUCGAUGUAACUUCAGUCACUGGCACAAAGUAUGCUUGGUUGAAGCAUUUAGCCUUUAUAUUUGAUAAUCUUGAACAGGGGAAUUGUGUUUUCAAAUUACAUAAAUUUAAUUUCCACGUGAUGGCCAACGAGAUAACAAAAUCGUAUUUGAUUUAAAACAAUAAAACGAAGCCUGAGACUGUAGGUGCAUGUGAGCAAUAAUUAACAAUGAAACUAUGUACAUAUAUAUCAUACGAAGAAUAGAUUAAUGGAACACAAAUGAAAAUAAGAAAAUCGCAUUUAUACACAGUCAUGAUUACUAUAUCGAAUAUACAACUUCUGAAAAGUGAAAUAGGUACAAUCCGUUAGUUUUAAUUAAACACAGGAAAUAGAUGUCUAUCUCUCUCUCUCUCUCUCUCUUAUAAAAAGAAAUCAAUGUCCUCCAAUUGAAUAUGGAGAAUAGUUAAAAAUCAGUUAUUUGGCCACUAUUGCGGAAAAAAACAAAUGCACUUGUAAAAAUGUUGCGCUAUUCGUUUUGUGAAAAAAUGAGACAAGCUUUAAAAUUAAUUCGAAUCAAUAUGUUAUUCUGUAUUCGUGGAUAAUGUCACUUAAUAAUGAACGAAUAUCGUUGAGCAAUAUUUCGAUAAUCCACACUUUCCGAUCGCGGGCGAUAUAUUUAUUGCAAUACUCACUAAAUAUAUUGGUUGCAUUAUCAUUUUUUCACAAACCGCGUUUUUCUUUCGAAGCUCUACUAGCGCUACUUUAAGUGAACCAAAUAAAUUAUUGUCUCACAGUAGGUAAUAUAAAGGUAAAACGUAGAUAGGGACAUAAUUAUAAUUUUCACCUCGAGACAACAUAUUUAAUACGCAGCUCUUUUUGUAUAAAACACUAGAUGCCGUCGUUGUUCAUAUAAAGACUUUCAUGUACAUAUGCGCGUACGAUAACCGUAUAUAUUGUUUAUUCCUUCUGAUUACAUAAUUGUGUUGCAAGUGAGCCCUCGACACGGUAAACGAAGUUAUCACACGUGUACAUUCACUCACCG